AUGGAUGUUAUGGACAACAACAACAAAAACAACAACACAUACACUGACUACCCGAACAACGCCAGCAUCUACAACACAGCGGGCUGGCUAGUUGCACUUUUAACCAUCGCCAUCUUUGGGAUCAUCCUCGUCGUCGUCUUCAUCAUCUUCCUAAUCGUUAAAAUUCGGAAAGAGUCUAAAAUCCGGAAAUGGUUUUGCAUUGGACCGUGCUACGCGGGAAUGUUCGCAGCUAUCCUGGUCAAAAUCCUCAUCAUCCUCCUACCAGAUCGCAUGCAUAUCUCCCUCCAAAUCCUCAUUUACUCACUAUCUCUCUCCAUCCAAGUCAUCAUCGAUAUUCAGUGGCUGAUAGCGAUACCGCCGAGUGUCGGGUAUUACUAUGCCGUUCCCCAUUACAUCACGGUGGAUCACUAUGGCAACGUGUUGAGGAGUAGAGCAGGUGGUAGCGACGACGGUGGUAAGAUGUUCUAUCCUCAGUACUGCGAGCCCGGGUUCGAUUCCCACAUAAAGUCGCUCGUUUAUGUUAUGCUGCUUAUUGGGCUGUGCUCUGUUUUAGUGGCUCUAUCAUUCAAAUACAACCAAUCAAAGAGCGCCGACAACAUUCCACUCGCCAUUUCCUGUUUCGGGACUAUCGCCAUCUGGAUAAUGUGGACGAUAAUCGGAGCAGCGGGAAACCCACCGGAAACGUACGAAACUUCCGGUUUCGCUUUUGGCCUCCUCAUCACAGCAUUUUUCAUACUGAUAACUUUAUUCGGACCGAAACUAUUCGAGUUAUAUAAUCUUAAAUGUUUCAUAGAAAAUGGCGACAAAAAUUUGGCGCGAAGGUAUGUACUUCCGUCUGUCGGGUGGAUGUACGAGGAGGGCAGUGUGAGUGGAAAGGAGAGUGGACGCGUUGGGGAGCGUGGGGGCAGUAGGGGGUCUACCAGAUUUAUCGAUGGAGAUAGUGCUUCUGUGGUUAGUGUCAGGUCUAAACGCGAAUACGACAAUCAGGUAUUUGUAGAUCCGGACAAUCUGAAAGAGGCAACUGCCCUAAGGAGCAGCAGAUUAACGAGGCCCGAAUCUAACAUGCCCACGGCUAAUGGUGUAAUCAUGGAGAUUGUGAACUCGCAACAUAUGGUUCUUAAAAAUAAUAAUAAUAAUUUUGCCGACCAGUUCAACAGAAGACAAACAAACCGGUUGAGCAAUAAUAAUAAUAAUAACAAUAACAACAACAAUAAUAAUAAUAACAAUAAUAAUAAUAAUCCUAAUAUAGCCAUUGUCUACCUCAACAAAUUUCCGACGCAAUUAAACAGUAAUAUAAACAACAGUAACGAGUAUAGUACAAAUACUACUACUGCUGCUACCACUACUACUGCCACUACUACUGCCACUAAUACUACUAAUACUACUACAAAGUAUAAUAAUAAUAAUAAUAAUAACAAUAGUAUUAGAAACCACACCAACAACAACAAAACAGUCAAUACAAGUUACAGAAAAACUACUAAUAUUAAUAAUGGUAAUAAUGAUAAUAAUAAUAAUUACAAUGAUAAUAAACGGAUGGUGAUAGAUAGGGGCCCAUCUAGGUACACUCCACGAAAGGUGCCAAUGAUUGGCCCUGGCUCUCCAAGGGCCCCAUAUUUACUGGUUUUAUGACAGAUGGGUCAACAGAUGAAGGAGAAAACAACGGAAGAAUCGUUAUUUCGCAACUGGCCAAUCAAUUUGUUUUAAAUUCCGCAAAUUUAAUUAACAUAAUUAAUUAUAAUUAAUUCACAAAUUAUACGUUAAUUAAUAAAUAUAAGUAGUUACUAUAUCCUUUUUAUUAAAGAAAAUCUUCUUUCAAUGAUAAUAAAGAUGAUUGAGAAGUGAUGAAA